UGUGAUGUUGGACAUGGGAGAUAGGAAGGAAGUGAAAAUGCUGCCGAAAUCCUCCUUUAGCAUAAACAGCCUGGUACCCGAAGCCGUCCAGAGCGACAACAACCACAGCAGCCACAGCCACCACAACAGCCACCACCCCCAUCACCAUCACCACCACCAUCACCACCAUCACCACCCGCCGCCGCAGCAGCCCCAGCGAGCGGCCGCAGCAGAGGAGGAGGACGAGGAGAAGGGGCAGCACCUCCUGCCGCCCCCCGCCGCCACCGCCUCCGGCGCCCUGGAGGUGGCCAAGGCGGACAUGCUGGCGGGCAAAGGCGAGGCGGGCGCGGCGGCGGCGGCGGAGCUGGAGGAGAAGGAGAAGGCGGCGGACGAGAAGAAGGGGGCAGCGGAGGGGGCCAAGGACGGGGAGAGCGGGAAGGAGGGGGAGAAGAAGAACGGCAAGUACGAGAAGCCACCGUUCAGCUACAACGCGCUCAUCAUGAUGGCCAUCCGGCAGAGCCCCGAGAAGCGCCUCACACUCAAUGGCAUCUACGAGUUCAUCAUGAAGAACUUCCCCUACUACCGGGAGAACAAGCAGGGCUGGCAGAACUCCAUUCGCCACAACCUCUCCCUCAAUAAGUGCUUCGUCAAGGUGCCCCGCCACUAUGACGACCCGGGGAAAGGGAACUACUGGAUGCUGGACCCCUCCAGCGACGACGUCUUCAUAGGGGGUACCACUGGCAAGCUUCGCCGUCGCUCCACCACCUCUCGGGCCAAGCUGGCCUUCAAACGGGGCGCCCGGCUCACCUCCACCGGACUGACAUUCAUGGAUAGGGCAGGAUCCUUGUACUGGCCUAUGUCCCCCUUCCUCUCCCUGCACCACCCCCGGGCCAGCAGCACUUUGAGUUACAAUGGGACCACGUCCGCCUAUCCCAGCCACCCCAUGCCCUACAGCUCAGUGUUGACUCAAAACUCCUUGGGAAACAACCACUCCUUUUCCACGUCUAAUGGGUUAAGUGUUGAUAGACUAGUCAAUGGAGAGAUACCUUAUGCCACUCAUCACCUCACAGCAGCAGCUCUGGCCGCCUCAGUGCCGUGUGGCUUGUCAGUUCCCUGCUCCGGCACCUAUUCCCUAAACCCCUGCUCUGUAAAUCUCCUAGCAGGACAGACGAGUUACUUUUUCCCCCAUGUUCCUCACCCUUCAAUGACUUCUCAAAGCAGCACUUCAAUGACGGCCAGGGCAGCCUCCUCCUCCACGUCGCCACAGGCGCCCUCCACUCUCCCCUGUGAGUCCUUAAGACCUUCUUUGCCAAGUUUUACAACGGGACUUUCCGGAGGACUUUCUGAUUAUUUCACACAUCAAAAUCAGGGGUCUUCUUCAAACCCUUUAAUACAUUAACAUCCAUGGGAUCAGACUGUAAGUGAACAUUUUACACACAUUUGCAUUGUAAAUGAUAAUUAAAAGAAAAAAAAAAGCAAAACAAAAAAGUCCAGGUAUUUUUUAUUAAGUCCCCCAUUUUUCUGUACGUUUGUUCAGUCUUUAGGGUUGUUUAUUAUUCCACCAAGGUGAGGAGUGUCAGCAAGGUGCAAUGUGGGGAGAUUGCAUUGUAGUCUACGAAGUUUGGAAGACAAAAUUAUAGUAGAAUGUGUAUCUAAAUAGUGACUGCUUUUGCAAUUUCUUUAUUCAAGUAUGAUAAGUCUAUCACUAAAAGCCGCCCGAUUCUCCAUGUUUGCAGUAUUGUAAGUUAUCAUGGAUAUGUCGGUGGGUGCAGACCGUGAAAGCAAAAAAAACCAAAACCAAACUAAAUUUACAAAAACUAUUAAAAACCCUUAAAAUGUAAUUUGUAUUUAAGCAGAAUUAAUACUGAAAGAUGCCCAAGAACUACUUUUGACCAUUUAUUAUUUUAUUAUUUUCUUUACCGAACUGCAUUUUUGGUAUUCUUUUUUUUUUUUACUUUUAGACCAAAGAUUGGGUUUUAGAAAAUGCACUCAGUAUACGGAGUAAUUUAAAAAAACAGCAACAUUAUUUCAGUUUGCAGCACUGCCCGUUCAAAUGAAUCAGAAGGGGACGAAAUUAAUGAUUGCCUUCAGUUUGUGUUGUGUAUAUUUUGAUGUAUGUGGUCACUAACAGGUCACCUUUAUUUUUUUUUCUAAAUGUAGUGAAAUGUUAAUACCUAUUGUACUUAUAGGUAAACCUUGCAAAUAUGUAACCUGUGUUGCGCAAAAGCCGCAUAAAUUUGAGUGAUUGUUAAUGUCGUCUUAAAAUUUCUUGAUUGUGAUACUGUGGUCAUAUGCCCGUGUUUGUCACUUACAAAAAUGUUUACUAUGAACACACAGAAAUAAAAAAAUAGGCUAAAUUCAUAUAUA